AUGUUUCUGCCUCGUCUCAUUUGUCACAGGACUGAAAGGUUUAUAACGGUUCCCACCUGGAUGUUGCGACAAAUCAGCCAUAACAGCAGGGACUCGCUGCAGAAACAGGUUCUGUUCCUUAUUAGCACAAAGGCGAGUUUGAAUAACGACGAUAAGUUGAAAAUACGAAAAUACUGGUCCGAAAUGGCAGACUACAAGAAUCUUCGGAAACAGAGAACCGCCUUACUGGAAAACUCCAUCCUGCACAAGAUGAAGAUCGAAGACUUUGUUGAGUUUAUUAACCGCACCAAAAGCUCCUCUAUGACCGCGAGAGGACUGUAUAGAAGAGAGUGUUUGUACCAGUGCAAGGACGAUCUAGCUCUGGUUAACGAAGUGGUCGCCCAGGUUUCAUCGGCGAAGCAACUAAAGCCAUUAGAUACCCCGCUGGAUACCAUGCGUUGGUCCGUCGAUGACGCCUUCAGCACGGCAGACAUUGUCAUGGCCGCAGACCUUUUCCUGUUGUAUUACAAACUAUUUACAGAUAAUGUCCAGCCAGACGAGCCAUACGCAAGGAAAAUCAUAUCGGCACUAGCAUACCCGAAUCCAAUGCAUGACCACGUCCACCUCGUGAAAUAUUUGGAGAUGAACUCGUUGUUUGAAAAAAGAGUCGGAAACGGCAUAAGAUUGACCAGAUUCCAAUUAGAAACUCUUUCCAACAAAGCUCUCGGCUUGAGCGAUGACGCUCCUCAAUUAUGCAAGGCAAUACUGAACAAGUUAAUGAACAUAAACUACUUUCUGACGGCAGAAUCAAAGCUACGAGACGACCAGAUUUUAUUGGCAUACAAGUCCAUUGACGAAAACUACAGAAGAGGAAAUGUGGCAAGCAUAUAUUCUACAUGGAAUAAGAUCAAAGGACACUAUGUCUCGAUUACUGCGCACGACUCAAGAAUCAUUUAUAAAGUCCUGAAGAUUUGUACCCAUAAUAGAGCUUAUAGAUCUAUAUGUAGCGAAAUUUUUUGGCAAUUGACUCCGGAAUAUUACUGUAACAACCCUUUACUACUACCUGCAAUCAUUGACUUCAUCACAAAGCGAGAUUCUCUGCCGAUGGCCAAAGAACUCAUGCAAAACAUCAGCAGGUACACCUUGCCUGAGAACCAUCAUAUCGUCUGGCUAAACAAGAGAUGCCUCUCCUCAUUACUAAGAAUGCAUUUGAAAUUCAACGAUUCCAACGGUGUAGAUAGGGUUUUGAAGCAAAUAACCACCAACUUUAGGUCCUUAUCACAGGAAAAUUAUCAAGCAAUUAUCAUUCACCUUUUCAAAACACAAAAUCUCGAUCAUAUUGCAAAGGCAAUUAAAUUAUUGGACACUAUACCACCCAAACAAGCGAUGUUGGCCUAUGGAUCGAUUAUCAACGAAUUAGUAGAUUGGAAGUUAGCUUCAAAGGUUAAAUUCACCGAUAAUUUGAUGGCCCUCAUCAAUGAACUUCUGAUGAAAGCUCAUGAUUUUGACCCCGAACAUAGAAGCUCCCUUUGGAAUGUCGUUUCUUCCUUAUACAUCAAGAAGCUCUGUCAUUAUAAGAAACAGGAGGGUAAAUACGUCGGCAAUACAGAGGAGGAUAUUGACUUGGCAAAACUAUUAUAUUUGAAUGCUUCAAAAAAAGAAAAAAUCCAUUGGACAAAGUCAAAUUGUAAUCCGUUCAUCAUCUCCACACCAAGUGAUGUUAAAUUGAAAAUAAAUAAUCAAAACAGAUUCGCUAUCUUGAGGAAUAUUGCAUUAAGCGCCUUACAGACAGAAAGAAUAGAUAUUUUUCUUUGGGCAUGCGCAGAAUUGUACCAAAAUGGUAUGACGAUUGAGGAGCUGAGAUUGGAUUGGAAUAUCAUGUUAAAACAUCAAUUAAGAAAUUCUGAAUUUAAAACAAACAAAGAAAUUGUCCAGGAUAUUAAAAAACAUGGUGUGUCAUCUAUUAAGCGUUACUUAAGAUAA